CUUAAGUGGAGGCGUUAUGAAAGGUGGUCGUCUGAAGAGCGGAGAGUGAAAGUAACCGGUUCGAGGCAAAAUGACAUCUGGGCCAUCACCACACAACCGCAGCAGGAGUGAGGAAGAGGAUGAUCCUGUGGAUCAGAUGAUUUCUAAAACAGGCUGUGCAGAGCUGCACUACGCCGUUCAGGACUGUAUGGCUGAACACCAGGACUGGCGGAAGUGCCAGAGUCCAGUGCAGAACUUUAAAGACUGCAUGAUGUCAUUUCAGAAAGCAAGGAAGGAACAGCUGCUGAAACAGAAAGGAGCUGUCACAGAGUCUACCUAAAAACACUGUCCUCAGUGGGGGUUUUUUUUCUCUUCUUUUUUUUUUUUUUACACUGGACUGUCUCUUAAUAAUAAUAUGAGGAAAUGCCAACAAGCUUACGUUGGCUUUCAGUCAGAUGGAAACUGAGUGCUACACAGUGACUGACAAACAGAGAUUUUUCAGAGAUUUCUCUCAUUUCCUGUGGUUUUGCUAAAAGGACUUCUUAUCUGA